CUAAUUAUAAUCAUAUAUGAUAUCUCUUCUUUUUUUUUCUAGCCUUUCAUGUCAUCGCGCUAUCCUGGCGGCCCCAGACCACCUCUCAGAAUACCCAAUCAGGCAUUAGGUGGAGUCCCUGGAAACCAGCCGUUAUUACCCAGUGGCAUGGACCCAUCAAGACAACAAGGUCAUCCAAAUAUGGGCGGAGCUAUGCAGAGAAUGACUCCGCCCAGAGGGAUGGUUCCUCUUGGGCCACAGGCAUAUGGAGGGGGGAUGAGACCACCACUCAAUGCUCUUGGAGGUCCUGGGAUGCCUGGGAUGAAUAUGGGUCCCGGAGGAAGACCGUGGCCAAAUCCACCAAACUCCAACUCGAUCCCGUAUUCAUCAGCAUCUCCAGGGAGUUAUGUGGGUCCACCGGGUGGAGGAGGGCCCCCAGGGACUCCCAUCAUGCCUAGCCCUGCAGACUCGACAAACUCGGGAGAAAAUAUGUACACCAUGAUCAACGCAGUGCCGCCCGGAGGAAACCGGCAAAACUUCCCUAUUGGUCCUGGAGGAGACGGUCCAAUGGGAGGCAUGGCGGGAAUGGAGCCGCAUCACAUGAAUGGAUCUUUAGGGUCAGCUGACAUGGACAGUAUGCCUAAGAACUCUCCUGGUAACCUAAGCAUGAGCAACCAGCCGGGAACACCACGAGAUGACGGAGAGAUGGGCGGAAAUUUCCUCAACCCUUUCCAGAAUGAGAGCUAUUCUCCAAACAUGACCAUGAGUGUGUGAAGACCUCGUUUGGAAAUCCAGGUGGAUUCCACCACAUGACACAGGACUUGUGCAAGCGCGCUGUAGCCAGCCCUCUUCUGCUCUCUGAAGAAUAUGGGUCCAAGCCUCUCCUUUCUCUCUCCUUCUUUCGUUUAUUCUGUUUUCAAAGAUCAUUCUUUCACCUCCUCGGCCGCGUCAUACCGAGGGACAGCGCUGAACGCGUUGGGGUGAGAAUGACGAACCAACAACCUGUCUAUAUUUACGUAUAUCUUUGUGUAUAUAUGUGGGUGUACAUUCAGAAUUACAUGUGCAUGUGUGUAUGAAAGGACGUAUAUUGAUCCUUGUACGAGCUUGAAAGAAAGACUAUGGACU